GACAGGUCUCUUUCAGCUGGGAGGGAGCACCAUGAGGCAGGAAGGAGCCGCUGCCACAGCAGAGAAAACCGAUUCCGAGAAAGAGUGUGACGUGUUUUCCUUGCGUUGGUGGGGCGGUUGUGCUUGGUGCAGCAGCAAGGGGGGGAAAAGAACCUGGUUGUCUGCACUCUCCGUGUGCGUGAGCCUUGGGUGAAGUGGGAGCGGGUGGCUGCCGUCUCUGCUCAACAAGGGCAGUUUCAGGAGGUGCAGCUGUGGAGAUGCCUGUCCUCAGGGAAGCACACUUAUAUCAUUGGAUUCAGCCCUUUGCCGGCACCUGGCAGUAUUCCGAAACCCUUCAAAUCCGUACGAACUGUGUUUGCUAAGUUCUGCAGAGCCUCGCCUCAUUGUGAGCUAAUGUGUUUGAUGCUUCAGAUUACAUGCUUUGGAACAAAGACUUUUCCUGAAAAAAAUCCUGAAGCUUAAAAUCAUCCAUCAUACUGCCCUGUAUUGUUAAGCGAGUGGCAAGCACCAUGCUGGAAUUACACGAGCUGGAAAAAUUCAGGAGGCUCUCUAAUGAUCUCAGUACUUUAUUUCCCUGAGAAAUGUUAGGGCAUAAUGCAUUUGGAGUGACAGUAAAAAAGAGAUGGCCCUGCUGUCCUUCAGCCUGCCUUCCUGAAUUAGGCACCGUUCAGACAUGCUGUUAUGUGGAACCUACUUCUGAGAAAUGCAAAACAAGGGCUCGGAAGCUGGGACUUGAUCAUGUUUUCAAAAACCUUUUCUUAGAUGUGUUGAAAAUUCUAGGUACACUCUGAAAUGCUGAAAAGGAAACUUCGUCACUGUCAUAGCCUACGAUUCAAACUUCUCUGGUUCCUAAUUUUUACAGUUGGGACUUUGUCCCUUAUCAAAAUUCAUCAUAAAGCAGACUUCCUGAAUCAUGAGCAUCUGGAGUUAACUGGUGAAUACCCAGAUAAUCAUAUCAAUUGCUCCAAGAUAUUGCAGGGUGACCAACAAGAAAUUGAGAAAGUAAAACUGGAAUUGUUAACUGUAUCCUUUAGAAAGAGCCCAAAGCUAACCUCAAAUGAUUAUAUUAACAUGACACAGGACUGUGAUUCCUUUAUUAAGAAGAGGAAAUAUAUUAUGGAACCUCUGAGCAAAGAAGAAGCAAAAUUUCCUAUCGCAUAUUCCAUAGUAGUUCACCACAAGAUUAAUAUGUUUGAGAGACUUUUGCGAUCCAUCUAUGCUCCUCAAAACUAUUAUUGCAUUCAUGUUGAUAAAAAGUCUCCCGAGUCCUUCCUGGCUGCAGUUAAAGGGAUUGCUUCAUGUUUUGGCAAUGUCUUCAUUGCGAGCCAGUUGGAGAGUGUUGUAUAUGCAUCAUGGAGCAGAGUGCAAGCUGACCUCAACUGCAUGAAGGAUCUCUAUAGGAGAAGCAUGAGCUGGAAGUACCUUAUCAACCUUUGUGGAAUGGAUUUCCCUAUUAAGACCAACCAGGAAAUAGCAGAGAAGCUGAAAGCCCUCAAGGGUGAGAACAGUUUAGAAACAGAGAAAAUGCCUGCAAACAAGGAGGUCCGGUGGAAGAAGCAUCAUGAAAUUGUUGAUGGUAAGGUAAAGAAUAUGGGAAUAGACAAGCAACAUCCACCUCUGAGUACCCCCAUUUUCUCUGGCAGUGCCUACUUUGUUGUUAGCAGGAGGUUCGUGGAAUAUGUGUUAGAGAACAGCAACGUCCUUGCUUUUAUAGAAUGGGCUAAAGACACUUACAGUCCUGAUGAAUACCUGUGGGCUACUAUUCAGCGAAUUCCUGAAGUCCCCGGUGCAGCCUCCGCCAGUGCCAAGUACGACGUCUCAGACAUGAAUGCACUCGCCAGGUUUGUCAAGUGGCAUUACUUUGAAGGGGAUGUGUCCAAGGGCGCUCCCUACCCGCCUUGCAGUGGCGUUCACAUCCGCUCCGUGUGUGUCUUCGGAGUGGGAGACUUGAACUGGAUGUUGCGAACGCACCACUUCUUUGCCAACAAGUUUGACACAGACACUGACCCCUUUGCAAUUCAGUGCUUGGAGGAGUAUUUGAGAGGCAAAGCUCUGUAUCAGCACAGACAUUAAACGCAAGUUGAGGUAUGGUACAAAACCAUCUCCCUCCACUGAGGAUGUCAAGAAGAUGUGAAGUGUGUGUUGCUCUCCUCUCUUUUAAACAAGCCUUGCUGAUUAUGUUCCGUGUGUUUUUCUUGCAGACAAAUGCAGAAAUGUUGUCUGUAUUUCUCUAAAGAAUUCCCAUUGCAUGUACCUGGUAUAAGUUAGAGAAAUUUUAGGUUUGGAAACAAAGGCCUCAGGUUUAGAAAGUAAGGCACUUCUGAACUGGUUAAUACAUAAAUUACUCUGAUUCUAUCAGAACUCUAAAUAAUCUGGAUCCUGCUAAGAUGUUCUUUUUCAUAAUGAGGGGCAGGCCAGUAGAGAGUGAAGGAAAAGAAGGGAAACUGCCUGGAUUGAGCAACAGUCAAGAGGUCUCUGGAAUUAGAAAGAAGAGCUAGCACCUCUGGAAUCCAGAAGGAGUUAAUCUGCAAAUGAAAAGGGAGUUAAGAAAAUUCCAAAGCUGCACAUUGUGAAGAUUCCACGUGUACAAUUUGCUUGAAUGUGUUUAUAGUUAAAUAACUAAAUAUUCCUUUCAGAACAGCAAUGGAGGUUUUUUUUAAUUGUUACCAGCAACAUAUACAAAUGUUUAUUUAAAGUACUUCAAGAAAACUACAAAGUUGUAUUAUUUAAAAUCAUAUAUUUUAGGAAUAGACUGAUUGUUAAACACAUUUUUUUAGUUGUUCAAAGAUGUAGCAGAAGCUUGUCAGCUAAAAUAUUCUCAGGGAAAUAUUAAUGUGCCUCUGUUUCCUAAAAGUUUGUUAGCUUUAUUUUAUAUAAUUUGACAACUUUGUUUGAUACACAUUUCAGAAUGCUUGCUACAUUGACUGAAGUGAUAUUCUAACUUAGCAAUGCUAGCCCUGACUAUCUGAAAUAAGAACUCAGCAAUCCCUUUCCAUCACAGAAGUGUGACAUUUCUUAGUAGAUGUUUCAAAUUACUAUUACUGUACACAUAUUAUAUUUUUUAAAAAUCCUGCCACGUCAAGUGAAGUUUUUAUUGAAAUGGAACUCUCUAUGGAUAUGAUUUAUAUGAGUUCAUUUCUCAAGUUGCAGGGUGGGGUGGGCAUUGCCAUCUCUUCUAUAGCAAGUGGUUCUUUCUAAUAAUAAUACCAAUGAUACACCCCAAAGGCCAUCCACCUAUGUUUAGAAAGGGGGAGGCGGCGUCACUUCUUGCUAAACUGGAAAACUGCACGAACAAUUAUUUGCUUAUGGCUGAAGCAAAUCAGCAAAGGAGGAAUUAAUGAUGAGUGUGCUUAAUUUCCUAAAAUACUGCCACUAAAAAUAGUUGAACUGUCUAAAUUGAAACACUCACUAGGUUUAAAGUCACCUUGCCAAUAUGCUUGUUAUACCAUGUUUUCUUCUAAGGCUUCUACUGUUUGAAUUCUUUGUGCAGCCGGACCACGGCUGGUCUCCCAGGUGUCCGUCAUCCUCUUUCUCUGGCUUUGGCACUUCUCUUCAUCAAGAUUUUGAGCAUCAUUUAAAAGUUUGUGGGGAGUAGCCUGCCCUCCCAAGGGGGGGCGGGGUUAAUGCUGUGGAGCAGGUCCCAAGUGGCAUUUUAUUGCAUUUAAAUCAUAAUAUAUAUAAUUAUGGGUCCUGGCAACCACUAUGAUAUGUUUUAUUUUCACAUUUGUGCCAUCCUUUUCUAGAAGUUCUGUAUCCAGGGUGGCAUAUAAAAAGAAGAAAUCUUACAAGAACAAAGUAAAAGGAAAGAAUUAAACUGUACCUUAAAUGAGUACGUCUUGGAGUCAGUGGAGCAGGAAGAGCAUUUAUUGAUAUAGUAUAGUUCAUUCUCUUAGGGUCACCUUCCCCUGGCUUGAGCAUUCUGUCGGAGAUAAUGGUUCUCAAAGCAAAGCCGCUGGCACUUUGCCUGCCACUUUGUUUUUUGAAUCAGCCUGGGUCUGGCGCUGUCUUGGUCUGCUCUCUCUUUUUUUUGUGCAUAGGAACUGCAUUUCCUUAAGUUUCUCUCAGAAUUUAGAUUGGUUGGUAACUUGCAGCCCUUCAAAUGUCUUGGCUUACCACCAGCUGCCAUCAACCUUUGCUGUCAUAGCAAUGACCUUUAAUCCAUUUUAACACCUAGCUAAACUCUGAAGUUCAGAUUCCUAUAGUGGAGGAGAGAAAUAUUGAAAAUGGCUUCAUCUAACUAUGCAUGAUACCAUUAUUUAAAGUUGAAUGAGUCAAAUCUUCCAGAAGAUGCUAAUCAUGGUGAUUUGGUAAUCUGCCCUUUUAUUUCAAUGUAAUUGCUCAGUUAAAAGCCUAGAUUUAAAUUAUUUCACAUUUCUAUUAAUUGGAUAUAAAUAGUUUAAUCUGGGCUCUAUUAUCUGUGAAUCUGUUUCUUGACUGUGGUACUAAUUUUCAAAUACAAAUGAAUCCAACUUCUCAUUCUAUUUGCAUCACCCACCCACUUUUUCAGAGUGGAUAAAAUGUUUAACCCCGUUUGCAAGAGGAAAGAAGUUCUACUGUAGGAAAUCUAAUUUGUUGAAAGCCAUUUGCAGCCUGUGAUGGGAACAGGAUUACUGUGUUUGCACAGUCAUAUAGAAGAUACAGCUGGAAUCUGAUCCUCUCCCAACUCCUCCUGUGUGUCCCGCAAAUCUCUUCUGGGGGUAUCACUCAACCCUCUGGAAUAGAUUUGAGAGGAAGGACCGAGGACUGCAAGGAUAGUUGGAUUCUCUUCUGCCAGCCGUUUCCCCAUCUGCUGAUGGAAUGGCACCUCUGCUCCAAUCCACACUCUUGGUCUGGACAUGCUGGUUUUCUUUGCAUACAGUAAAUGCCUGCUGUUUAUCUCCUUAUGCAAGGCUCACUAGAGCUAUGACAAAGGUCUGGAAAAAGUAACACUUUAAAAAAGAAAGCUUUUAUGGUCUUCAUGCCACUUCUAUCUAUUGCAGAAGUCUACUUUCAAUUUAAUAACAUCAGUCAUAUUUGCAUUUGGAGGUUUACUUCCUUUGCAGCUGCAGGAAAACUCUAAAACUAUCAAUAGAGAACAGUGGUGUGAGUUUGGUAGUUGGCAUUAGUCCAAUAUUCUGUUCCAUUCUGGGUUUUCAUGUUCAUCUAUUAGCUACAGAAACAUUAAACUGACAUGAAAAAUGUAGAACUAGAUGAAACACAGUGCUGCAAACUGAUGCAACUUUUAAUAUCUUUACCUCUUCCACGAUUAGAUUAAUAAAGAGUGCUUUUAAAUAAAAUGAA